AUGAAGUUCGACGACUUCCUAUUCACCUAUCUAGGUGAAAUGGGAAAAUAUCAAAAAAUUCAAUUUCUCCUCGUCUGCCUCCCCACAAUUGUCGUUUCAAUGCACGCCUUGUCGUGGACAUUCGCCUCAGUCGACACACCAUACAGAUGCCGCCUACCUUCUGAUCUACCGGAAAAAGAGCCAUACUACACACCACUUCUAAAUUUCACGAAAUGCACCAACGACGCCGACGCGAAUGUGCCAAUUUCAGAAUACGGACAACCCGGGAUUACGUGUCAAUAUGAUCGAUGCAAACUUCCGAACAACGAAACGUGUGGUGAACACAUUUUUGAUCACUCGAAAGUGGAGUAUACAGCGGUUCAGAGGUGGGAAAUCACAUGUGACCGAUCAUGGAUCAAAGCGACGAUCCAAGCUGCCUACUACGUCGGUCAAAUGGCCGGAUCGAUGACUUUUGGAGUGUUGGGAGACAGAAUCGGAAGGAAAAAAGUGUUUUUCCUUGCAAUUUUGAUCCAAAUCACGUGUGCCUACCUCAUCGCAAUCGCCCCUUAUUGGUGGCUCUACGCCAUUGCUCGUGCUGGAACCGGAUUCUCUCAUCCUGGAAUCUUUGUGAUCGCUGUGGUCAUUGGUAUGGAGUUGGUCGGUCCGCAAUACCGAAAACUCGCUUCUUGUAUCACCGGACUCUUUUUCGCACUUGGACAGGUAUUCCUCGGAAUCGAGGCGAUCUACUUCACCAACUACCAAAUCCUUCACAUCGUCAUCGCCUCCCCGGCUCUUCUCUUCCUCUCCUACUGGUGGUUGGUUCCAGAAUCCGCUCGUUGGUUGGUAUCCCAAAAGAGAUACAAAGAAGCGGAUGAGGUGCUCCAGAAGGCGGCGAAGAUCAACGGAGCAGUGUUGCCAGAGAACUGGUGGGAACAAUUGGACGAUUCGUCGGCGAGCACGUCGAAAGACGGCGCCGUCGCGAGAAAACUCACCGGAGCCGACUUGUUCAAGACACCAGAGCUCAGGAAGAGAACACUGGUGGUGUUUUUCUUAUGGCCAGUGAUUUCUAUGGUGUAUUAUGGGAUGGCGAUGAAGGCGAAUGUUCUCGGAGGAGAUAUUUAUAUCAAUUUCAUUUUUGCCGCGUUUGUGGAGAUCCCAGCGCUUUUUAUUGUGUAUUUAUUGAUUGAUAGAAUCGGCCGCCGUUAUAUCCUGGCCGGAGGUCUGUUCAUCGCUGGCGCCUGUCUUCUCAUCAAUUGGCUUAUGGGAGACAAUGUGCAGUUAUGGAUGGCGAUUACCCAGAUGGCGUUCACUAAGGGAUCCAUCACUGGAGUCUACGCAGCGAUCUACACGUAUUCUCCUGAACUAUUCCCGACUGUUAUUAGAAAUACUGCGAUGGGAUUCUGCUCGACGAUCGCCAGGGUUGGAGCAAUCGCUGCUAGCUAUAUAUCGAUGUGGAUUGCUGAGCAGUUUGGAAAGGUCUUCAUGAUUAUUCCAUUUGGUAUCAUGGCGGUGUCUGCUGCGAUUCUGACGCUGAUUUUCUUGCCGGAGACUAUGGGAAAACCGUUGCCGGAGAGUAUUGAGGAGAUUGAGGAGGGAUCGUCGUACAGAAGUUCACAUGAGAUGCAACCGCUGUCGAAGACCACUGAAGAAACGACUGAAACUGCAUAA